GGCACCACUGGGGGCGGGACCGGCGCGGCCCGCAGCCCCUCCCGAAUGCCCUGCACGCCCUGCGCGCCCUGGACCCCGGAGACCAUGGGGAAGCUGGUGGCAAUUAUCCUGCUGGGCGCCGGCCUGGCCCUAGUCGGGGAGAGAUUUUUGACCUUUAGAGAAAGAAUGAAUGCAUAUCGAGAAGUGGAGUCAGUAGAAUCCCAGAACUGCCACCUUAUUGAGGGAAUUGAAAAUGGCUCUGAAGAUAUUGAUAUCCUUCCUAGUGGGCUGGCUUUCAUCUCCAGUGGAUUAAAAUAUCCAGGCAUGCCAGACCUUGCACCAGAUAAGCCAGGACGAAUCUUCUUGAUGGAUUUAAAUGAGCAAAACCCUAGGGUCCAGGAAUUAAACAUCAGUAAUGGUUUUGACAAAGCAUCCUUUAAUCCACAUGGAAUGAGUACUUUCAUUGACAAAGACCAAACUGUAUAUCUUUAUGUUGUGAAUCAUCCCCACAUGGACUCCACCGUGGAGAUAUUUAAAUUUGAGGAACAACAACGUUCUUUGGUAUACCUGAAAACUAUAAAACACGAACUUCUCAAAAGUGUGAAUGAUAUUGUGGUUCUCGGACCAGAACAGUUCUAUGCCACCAGAGACCACUAUUUUACCAACUUCUUUUUGGUGCUAUUAGAGUUGUUCAUGGAUCUUCGCUGGACUCAGGUGCUGUUCUACAGCCCAACAGAGGUUAAAGUGGUGGACAGAGGAUUUAGUUCUGCCAAUGGAAUUACAAUCUCACUAGACAAGAAGUAUAUCUAUGUAGCUGAUGUAUCAGAUAAGAACAUUCAUGUUAUGAAAAUACAUGACAACUGGGAUUUAACUCAACUCAAGGUAAUCCAGUUGGACACCUUAGUGGAUAACUUAACUGUUGAUCCUGACACGGGAGAUAUUUUGGCAGGAUGCCAUCCUAAUGCUAUCAAGCUGCUGAUGUAUAACACCGAGGAUCCUCCAGGGUCAGAAGCACUUCGCAUCCAGAACGCUUUGUCUGAGAAGCCCAUGAUAAGCACCAUAUAUGCCAACAAUGGCUCGGUGCUUCAGGGCAGCUCUGUGGCUUCUGUGUAUAGGGGGAAGCUUCUCAUAGGCACUGUAUUUCACAAAGCCCUGUACUGUGAGCUCUAGACUCCAGAUAUUCCCAAAAGUCUACACAUUUGGUAAAAGUAAACCCCUAAUCACAUAAGUGGAACUCUAAGUAAAUGACAAACACCAAUAAAA